CAAGGCUCAACAUGGCCAGUUCUCUCCAUCUCUCCUCACAGGGCUUUGCUUCCAGUCCCUGCAUCAUGCAUGUUGCCCUCCUCAGAACGCUUUCCAACUUGCCCGCACCUUUCCAAAACUGAUACCCUGAACUGGACACAGUACCCCUGAUGAUGCCAAUCCAGUGCUGAGCAAAGGAGAACUCGUACUUCAUGUGACUCGGAAGUGAUAAUGUUUAUUAGUGCGACCCAAAAUAGCAUUUGCCCUUUUUGCUGCUGCAUCACACUGUCGACUCAUAUUCCAAGAUCCCCCUCACUUGCAUUAUUCUUGGGCCAGGUAUUCUCCCAUCUUGCAAGGAUGUAUUUGGCUCCUUUUUCCUAGGUGGAGAACUUGGCAUUUGUCCCUACUGAAUUUCAUUCUGUUGUUCUCAGCCCAGUGCUCCAGCCUAUCAGGAGCAUCUUGGAUCUUCUUUAUGUCUUCCAAAGUAUUAACAAUCCCACCCAGUUUUGUGCCAUCUGCAAAUCUGAUAAUCCUUCCCUGCACUUCCUCACCCAAAUCAUUAAUAAGAAUGUUGCCAAGAAUUGGGCCUGGGGCUGAGCCCUGCAGUACCCCACUCAUUACCUCUCUCCAGUUGGCGGAGCUGCCAGUGAUGAGUCCAAUUCUGUCGCCAACUGUGGAUCCACCUGGGAGUUGUUCUUCUAGCCCACGUUUAGCUAGUUUGCUCAUCGGGAUAUCCUGGGGCUCUUUGUCAAAAGCUUUGCUGAAGUCAAGAUAUAUUAUGUCCGCAGCAUUCCCACAGUCCAUCAGGGAGAUUACCCAACUGAAAAAUGAAAAGAAAAUGCUUAUAUUAAUUGAGCAAUGAAUCUGACAGCCUCCAUGAAAAUAAAACUGUUUCUCACCAGGCUCAUAAACCACAUUUGAAGCUCUGAAUAACUUCAAAAGUUAGGUUUCUCCAUAGAUGACAGUUCUGAAAUGCAGGCUAAGGGUAAGGAACAGUUUAGUCACCCAGACCCUAACCCCUUCCUAGGCACUUGUGCUACUGAUCUGUACAUUCGCUGAGCACAAGAGUUGCAUUUGUAUAGCAGAGGUGGGAGGGCAUUUGAACUAGCCAGUGGCAUGGGCAUGAGCCCACCUGGCAUCAUCCAGUCUCCCCCAGUUGUACCAGUAAUGCAAGUCAGACCUGCAAACACAAAAACACAUUCAUUGAGGUCUGUGAGCACUGUGAAGAAUUCUGUGCAUACAAAAAUUUCUUGUCCACGUGAAGAUAAUCAUUCUGGAGGACUGGCUUACGAACCUGCAUCCAUACACCAGUAUUUUCAGAGGGAAGCUUUCUAUUUCUAUUUGCAAUAGUUUCUAUUUGCAAGCUGAUAAGUGCAAAAUGCUCACAGGUGUAUGUUAACAGGUGUUAAUGUCACAGGUAUUAAUCAUGAGGUAUUCUGUCAAACCGAAAUGCUCUGGUUUGUUGAUGUUUCUCUCCCUUUCCAGGGAAGUUCAGAAGGCAGUGAAUACUGCCCAGGGGCUGUUCCAGAGAUGGACAGAGCUCCUGCAAGAUCCAUCCACAGCUACAAGAGAAGAAAUUGACUGGACCACUAAUGAGCUAAGGAACAACCUAAGGAGUAUUGAGUGGGAUCUUGAAGACUUAGAUGAAACGAUUAGUAUCGUUGAAGCAAAUCCACGGAAAUUCAACCUUGAUGCAACAGAGCUGGGUGUAAGGAAAGCCUUCAUCACAAGCACGCGGCAGGUGGUCCGGGAUAUGAAGGAUCAGAUGUCAAAUACUUCUGUUCAAGCACUGACUGAAAGGAAAAACCGGCAGGUCCUACUUGGAGAAAGUGGAACUCACAGCUGGAGUUCUGGAGCUGACAAGUAUGUCCGCUUGGAUCGGGAACUGCAGUCCGCAAACUCACAUUUUAUUGAGGAUCAGCAUGUGCAGCAACAGUUAAUCAUCGAGCAGCAGGAUGAGCAGUUGGAGCUAGUCUCUGGCAGCAUCGGGGUGUUGAAGAACAUGUCCCAGCGCAUUGGAGGGGAGCUGGAUGAGCAAGCAGUCAUGUUGGAUGAUUUCUCUCAUGAGCUGGACAGCACUCAGUCGCGACUCGAUAAUGUGAUGAAGAAGCUGGCAAAAGUGUCCCAUCUGACCAGUGAUCGGCGGCAGUGGUGUGCAAUCAUUGUUCUCCUCAUUAUCCUGCUGGUGGUGCUUAUCCUGUGCAUUGUGCCAUGAUGGGCCGGGCCUCACAUACUUCACCUAGCUCCCUUCUUGAUGAAAUAUCAGAUUUUUCUGUCUGCCGGAGAGAAUCCCCACCACAGAAGACCUCUCGCGGGGACUUGGUACUGUGUGCUUCUGUGAACCAGCAGCAUGGCUCCGUCUUUCACUCUUCUUCUGCCUUCAGUCUUCAUCAGCUUCCCCAAGGAAGAAAUGGGAGACAAACGAUGCCCAGACUC